UAGGAGGGCAGCAGGGGGGGCCUGGGAAUGGGCUGGUUUGUCCUGCCCACUGGCCCAUAGGUCUGUGAGCUUCUGCUGCUCACAGAGUGUUACUUCCUUGCUAUGGGUCUCUCCCAACACUGGUAUGUGGAGCUCAGUCCACUGCCCCAGUCACUGACGUGUGAGCUGACAGCCUGAGUCAGCAUCAGGUUGUGUUUUGGACAUGGGUGUGUUGUGCAUGCUCCACCAGCAGCAGGGCCUGUGCAGAGCCACCUCAGCAGUGAGUCACCGAGGGAAGGAGAGGCUUCCUGCUCUGGCAGGUGUGCCAGCCCUGGUCAGCCCUCCAGAAUGCCCAGGAAUCCCAUGGGGUGGCUGUGCCAACGCCAUCAGUGCCAGAAGACUUUGAGGAAAAAGCAGCUCUUGGCUCCAGCUCCCAGAUCAAUGGGAACUACCGGAUGUACAGCUCGGUGGGGGACCUGCGCCCACAGGCUCUUGAGGGGGAUGACCUGGAUGAAGACAUCCCUCCACCACCAUCGGUACCCCCGCCACCCCCUCCAACAGCCCCAGCACCUGCGCCACCGGCUCCAGCCUCGUCGGUCCCUCCACCGCCCGAGAUGCUGCCUCCAGCACCGCCACCUCCACCCGAGCCGGUGCCACCGCCUCCUGCCAUGGCACCUCCACCACCUCCGGUUUCUGCCCUGUCCUCCCCCAGCACACCAGCUCCUCCAGACUUCAUUCCACCAGCACCCCCGGGGGCCUUGCCACCCGCUCGGGCCCCGUCACCCUUCACCACCGGCAUCUCCAAGUGGAAAUCUGAGACUGUGCUGAACACCAGGCAGGCAGAUGCCGAGGGGCCGCUCUGCCCAGCUGGGGCUGGGGUGCCAGCUGCCCCCAGCCCGAAGGAGACCCUGCAGCCCAAGCACUGCCCUGAGCCCCACCUCACCUUCCCCAGGUCCUUCAAGGUGCCCCCACCAGCUCCAGCCCGCUCCUCCUCCAUCCCUGUGCAGGAGAGCCAACCUGCCCAGCAGGAGCCCCUCCCCAGGCAGCCUCACACCCGGCCUCCCCUCCCACCCUGCUUCACCAUAAGACCUGCAGCCAAGGCUCACACAGGAAGAGAAGCUGAGCAGAGAAGUUUCCCGCUGAGACCGGCUGUGGUGAAGCCGGCUGUGCCAGCCCCACCACCCCUGAGCCCCAAGCCGUGCCCAGGGCUUGGCCAAGGGGCACAUCCUGCUGGCCACCAGUCCCAGCUGCCAGGCUCUGAGUCAGAGAAGGCUCCUCAGCCAAAAACAGCCGAGAAGGACUCUCCUCCAAAAUCCGAAAUUGUCUCUGCCAAUGACCUGGACCUCCCCCCUCCGGACUACCCGACCUGUGAGGAUGACUGGAGGGACACCAGCAGCCUGAGCAGGCUGCAGCACGAGCUCUCCGCCCUGCUGCGUGCCCCACGGAGGGAGGAGAGGCUCACGGAGAAGCCUGUGGCUGCUCCCCGGCCCACAGACAAUGGUACCGAGCGUGCUGGCAGCCGUGAGCCCAUCCUCAAUGGGCUCCAUCUCACUGGACCUACAGGAGGGGAGAGUGAGAAGAAAGAGGUGCCCAGCAGCACCCCCAGCACCACGGGGGGCUCUCCCAGCGCAUCGCUCCCUGCUCCGGGCAGCAGCCCUGCCACACAGCCCCGCAGCGUGAUGAAAAUCAGGAACGAGCUGGAGGCUGUUCUGUCCCAGAAGAAAGAAGGGAGACCUGCCUCGGGGCUUGGCAGCCAGAAGCUGGGCACUGGGGAUGGCAGCAGCACCCCACAUGUGAGGAAGAGUGCCCCUGACCCGGCUGACUCGGUGCUGCCAAAACCAGCCCCCCCCCCACUCCCAGCACCAGCGGCUGCAGUGAAGGAUGAGACAGGGCACGAGGACCACCCUGCUCGAGCUGCUGGCAAGGCCACGGAGAACUUGACCCCUGCUCCUGGGUUCCUUGACGGCAGCGUGAGACCCCCAGACCCAUCUCAGGGAGCAGUGGAGCAGCCCCCCGCUCCCACCAUUCCCUCGACCCCCGUUUCUCCCGCGCAGAGCCCAGCACCGCAGCCCAACGCGGGCAUCUUCCAGUACAAAGUGCACCGGGCUGGGGCCAGCUCGGCUGAACGCCCCUGUGCCUCGGGCUCGGCGGAGCAGCCCGGCCCCGCAGGCUCAGCCCGCAGCCCGCCCGGUGCCCCGGGGCAGGAGGAGCUGCUGAUCCACCCGGUGACGGGCGAGCGGGUGGAGCGGGGCUCGCCCAUGGCGCUGCUCCUGGCCGCCCGGCAGCGCGCCCAGCGGGGCCGCCCCGGCGCCGAAGCAGGAGCUGCUCCCUGGGCAAAACCAGCCCUGAAAUUCGGGAGCGCCUCGUCGGACACCACCUCCACCACCAGCUUCUACCGCCACGAGUCCAAGCCCUACUCCUUCACCGUGGUGCCCCGGCCGCCCGGGGCAGGUCCAGCGGUGCCGGGACAGAGCGGACCUCUGUCCUUCUCCAGCUCCUCGGAGCAGGGCCGGGACAGGCGGGCAGGGCCGGGGGGGCAGCCCCCGAGCCUCCCCGGGCACCAGCCACCCGCUGCCUCCAGCCUCCUGCGGGGCCUCCUCGAGCCCGGGCAGCCGAACCCGCGCAGCCCGGCGGGCCCGGGGGUGCCCGGGGAGGAGGAGGAGAGCGGGGACACGGCGCUGGACUAUGGGAUCAUCCCCCCGCCCCCCGAAUUCAGCAACGAGGCGGAUGAAGCCGAGGGGCCUCUCCCAAGCCGGGAGGAGAACCGCAAGUGCCCCAGCUUCCCCGACGGCAGCCGCGGCUCGGAGGAGCCGCGCUACUACCGGUGGUCGGGCUACAGCCGCAUCUACGGGGGCGGCCACGAGCCGCGGGCCCCGCUGCCCUCCGAGACCAGCAGGAGGAACAGCGACUUGACGCCCCAGUUCCCAGACUACAGCAGCUCCUCCGGUUACCUCGGCCACGGCCACAACCCCCGCCCGCUGAUCAAGAAGCGUCUCUACGUCUCGGAACCCGACAGCUCCUACCCCCGGGCAGCCGCAGCCCCCCGGGGCACGGGCACCCUCUCUUCCUACGGCUCUGGGGGGUACAGCAACCCGGCCGGGGAGGGGCCCCGCCGCCUGGGCUCUGCCCACAGGAACGGCCCCGCCAGCUCGCAGGGCAGGCGGACAUCCCUGGAUGCUGCGGGGAAAGCCGCGCCCUACGGCAGCGCCGGGGCUGACGCCAAGUACAAGGGGCAGAACGGGGAUUUCACGCCUGCCAGCGCGGUGGCAGCCAGCAGACCUGCCCACAGCAGCUCACAGUAUGGAGCACACACCAACACCUUCACGGUCAGGCCUGGAGCACGACAGCCCAUCUCCUAUGUCUACCAGAGUGGCCACAGAUAGUCCUGUCCACAGGGCUGCUCUGCUGCCUUCCUCCAGCUGGGACAGGGUGAGCAGGUGCCUGGAUUGGUUGUCAUCUUCUCUGCGGGCACCAGGAACAAUCCCAACCCUGAGAAGGCACGGGGUGAACCUGGGACUUGGACUCUUCUCAAAAGACUGUCACGGAGAGUAGUUACUACAGAGGACUGGCUGCUUGUCUUGUUACGUGAGCAAACAUGGGUUUCCAUCUCCUUUUUCCUCUCCUGUAUUAUGUUUGCAGCCUGCUAAGUCUUCUAAGAAAGCCAAAAAGUGUCCUUACUUCUCUUUGAAGAGCAUCCACUGGAGAGAUUGUUCUCAGUCUGUUUCUUUAACUGGUUUAAAUCCAACAUGCUUGGGAGCAGGGAGAAACCAGCUAGGAGUCGUGCAUGAUGGAAGGCAGCCAGUGUAUAGCUAAACAUAGGGAAAUUGAGAUAAGAAUGUGAGGCCAGUGGGAUAGGAAUAGAAGUCAGGAUGUCUAGAUCCCAACCUCUUCUGUCCCCACCUCCUUCCACAGCCUUCAGCAAAUCAGUUCUGCCAAUGCCUUAAAACCAGCUCCUGGCUUUCAGUGCCUGUCCUGCUGAGCCGGGGGCAGGUCUGUGCCAGGGGCUGAGCCCCUCCUGCAGGGACUGCUUGUGGGGGGCAGCAGCUUUGGGAGUGUGGGGUCUUGCUUUCCUGUGCCUUUUGCUCAUGGUAAAAGGUUCUGUUGGCGUUUACUCCUCGUGGAAGAAGGCUGUGAGGCCUGGGAAGGUGACUCUGAAGCCCUCUGGGGGCUUAGGAAGUUGAACAAUCCUUUUCCUUUAUCAGCUGGUGGGUGUUGGCAGCUCACCCAGGUGCUGUGCAGGUGGUGCUUUCCGUGAGGGCUCUCUUGCCACUUCAUACCCACAUGACCCCCACCUCUAAAAGCUAAGCCACAAAGCCCUUAUAAUCUGUUAGACUGAGACUUGGCUUGGGAUUGUCUGACGUGGGGGGCUAACAAGCUGGAUUUCAGUGUGAUUGUAGAGUAUUUGCUGCUCCUGGUGUGUGGAAUGUCUGCAGUGACAUCCCUCAGCUCCUGCUGCUUCACAGUGCUUGUCUGGGUGCUGGGCAGGUGUUCCAGCCUGGCCCCCUCCUGCCAGUGCCUUCUGAGGGAGAGAGUGGUGGCUGUGGGAGGGAGAAGAAGCCUUCAGGAGGGUGUUUUGUCCCUCAGGGGGAGCAGUGCAGCCCCACAACUGCUGACCAAAGUUUUGAGUAAGCCAGCUUCCUGAAAGAAGAAAUACGUAUCUUCCUCAUAGGUAAACUUGCUGAAAAUCCCUGUAAAAUAAGUGUAAAAACUUGUAGAGAAUGUUUUCUUGUCACUGACAAACUAAAAGCACUUUUAGACAUUAGUCUACUUCCAUGGAAAGCACUUUCUAUUUUCAGUACUACACAAAAUCAUUAGUUCCACUCCAGCCAGUCCUGCAGUGCAGGGCUGUGGGGGUGUAAGCAGGUUUUGCUCUACAGUCCAACUACAAAUUCAGUAACAUUUUCCUUCACAGUGGAUCUUUCAAAAGACUUAGGUGAUAUUAAUGUCAUGUCGCUGACUUUCUAGUUUAUUUUGUUUCUAACUUUACCUAAUAACUGAAGAGCUGUUCCAAAUAUUGCAGCAGCUGCUGAGUAUUCUGAGCUUUGCUGUGAAUAAAAUUCAAACACGAAUAACAUAAUCGGUCUAAGAGCUAAUUCCAGUGGCAUUUUUGUGCCAAUAAGUCAGAGUGACUUGGAAGAUUUCCAGACACACUCACCCCAGCCAGUAUUGAAAUAAAACAUUUUAAAUAGCUGGGUGUUGGUUUAAAAAAAUAGUUCAUGGAGAAAAAUGACUGUGGAGUAAUUGUCUGUGUAUCUCAGUGUGCCAGGGUAGAACAGCCCCCCUCCCUUAGAACAGGGAAGUUUCUCCAUGCAAGGAGCAUCUUGAGGAUUCUUAUUUGUCUCUAGAGAUGAAGGCUGUUUGAGUGGCUGCAGGGUCAUGUCUUGGUACUGGAUGAAGUUUCACCAGUGGAACUUGAAACAAAACAAAUAAGCCCCUCUGAUAAUAUUGCAGCUUAAUUGGGUGUUGUGUUUUUUCCUGAUUUUUUUUUUUCCUCCAAAAUAAUAAGUUUUAACUGCAAAUUAGUUCUCAAAAGCGGUUUUAAAUUUAAAGGCUUGUUUGGAGACUUUGGCCUUCAAGGUUGGCUGCCCAGAAAUGGCAUGUGUGCACUUUUCCUCCUCCAGAAUUACCUUAACUUUCAGUGUAUCCCCAACACGAGUUGAAUUGUUUUUUGGUGGUAUUUUUGUUUUGUUUUGUUUAGAGUAAAAUGUGAAACUUCAACGAUGGCACUUGCUUUGAAUUUCACAUUUACUGUUCCCCCCCAUUCACAUGUAGUUGUAACAUGGUGUUAUAUAGUGUGGAGCUCUGGUUUCUAGCAGACAUGGAUCUGUCUGUAUAAAGUAUUAGUAGCAUGAUGAUGUCAGUUUUAUGAAGUAGCCAUUAUUCAUUCAAAAGCCAUUCUGGGACUGCAUAGUUGACUAAGCUGUAACAAAAUCAGGUGGGACUCUGCUCACAGCUGUAGAACAGGUUCGUAUGAAUGUCUUGAGCAGGGGAACUGCUCUGUUCUUCAGACACUUUGGGCUGUCCCUGCUGCUUUCAAAUGCAUUGAGCAGACCUCGAGUAUUUCAGUAACAAGCAGAGGUUUCUGCUGAGGCCACCGGGAACUGUUUGUGUUACAAAGAAGCCACUGUCAGAGCUGCUGGCAGCCAAAGCACUUGGGGAGAAAGUUAAAUCCAUAAAGGAAGGCAAGGAUCUCUUGGCUGCAGGGCUGGGGAGAGCUCCUCCUUCCUUGCUCAGGCAACUGUUGGGACAGUACAUAGAUAAACUCUGCUCUGACUCCAUUUAUGCUCCUUCUCCCCAGCUUUUUCAGUAGACUCAUUUAGAAUAGAAGAGGAGGAAAUGGAGAGGUAGUGAUGGAGUAAACUAACCUACCUUGUAGCCCAGUCCUAGUGCUGACAGCCUGACAAUGGAGUUAUUCUCACUUCAGCCCUCUCAGAUGCAGUUUGGUCAUUCCAGUCUUGAUACAACUGUAAUUACCCCCUGCAGCUGCCUCUUCCUCAAAAGUACCUUCUAAUGUAAGUAUAACUGGGAGCUUUACGUGUAAAGUGUUGAACAAAGUCUCUUAUUUAUGAGUGCCAUUGAACACCUUCUUGCAUUAAAUAUGUCUGCACAUA